AUGGGCUCUACGACAGAAGUCGACUAUGAUGCCAUUGUGAUCGGGGCGGGGUUUGCAGGGUUGAGGACGCUCUAUGAGCUUCGAAGCCGGGGCUUGUCGGUCAAAGGCUUCGAGAAGGGCUCGGAUGUGGGUGGGACGUGGUAUUGGAAUCGGUACCCCGGGGCCAGGACUGACAGCGAAGCCUGGGUUUACAUCAUGAACAUCUCGAAAGAACUCAAUUCAGAAUGGACAUGGUCGGAGCGUCUCCCUGGCCAGGCGGAAGUCCAGCGGUAUUUACACCACAUCGCAGAUCGCUUCAACCUACGCCAGCAAUUUGAAUUCAACACGCGCAUUGCCUCGGCCGAGUACAACAGUGAUCGCAACGUCUGGACCGUCACGACCUCGACAGGACAGUCUUAUACUUCGACGUUCCUGAUCACAGCAUCCGGCCCGCUCUCAUCUCAGCGAAGGCCACCAUUCGACGGGCUGGACUCUUUCCAGGGGAAAUGGUAUCAGACCUCCUCGUGGCCCAAGGAGGGAGUCGACCUGGUGGGAAAGCGGGUGGCCGUCAUCGGCACGGGUGCCACCGGGGUGCAGGUGAUUCCGAUUGUGGCACACGAGGCGGAAUCCCUGACGGUCUUCCAACGAACCCCAAAUUAUGUGAUCCCGGGGCGAAAUCACAGCAUCAGUCCCGAGCUGCUGGGCGAGAUUCGACGCAACUAUGACCAGGUGUGGAACCAAGCUCGGGGCCACGUGUUUGGGCUGGCUUAUUCCCCUGCUGACCGCACGGUGGCCGACGUGAAUGAGGCCGAACACCAGGAGGUUCUGGAGCGUGGGUGGGAGACGGGUGGGUUCCGAUUUGUGUUCGAAAGCUUCGACGACGUGCUCCUGGAUCCGAAAUCCAACGAGGCGAUGGCGGAAUUUGUUCGCAACAAGAUCCGCACCAUUGUGAAAGACAAGAAGACGGCCGAGUUGCUUAGUCCCAAAUACCCGUUCCUGGCCAAGAGGCCACCGCUCGGCCAUUUCUACUACGAGGCCUACAACCGACCCAACGUUAAACUCGUGGACAUUAGUGACAAUCCGAUCAAGGAGCUCACGCCGAAGGGGAUUCGCACGCAGAGCGGCGACGAGUAUGAGUUCGACGUGAUCAUCUUCGCCAUUGGAUUCGACGUGGCCACCGGGGCUCUCACGGACAUGGACAUCAGAGGACGAGACCACACGUCGUUGAGUGAGAAAUGGUCCAAGACGCUGGAAACCUUUCUGGGCAUCACCGUUCCGGGGUUCCCCAACUUGUUCAUGGCCUCGGGGCCCCAGUCGCCAUUCGCCAAUAUCCCCGUAUGCAUCGACCACGAGGUCAACUUCAUCGGCCGAGCCAUCUCGGACCUACGCCAACAUGGCCACACCAAGAUGGAGCCGACCGAGGCCGCUGCGCUCCAGUGGGCGACGCAUGUGGAGGAGAGUUUCAAGGCCACGCUGUUGGGCUCGUCGUCGGCCAAGGUGCACUCUUGGUAUGUUGGGGCCAAUGUACCUGGCAAGCCGCAAAAUGUCCAGUUCUAUUUCGGGGGCGUGGGAAACUAUUUUGCCCAGAUUGAGAAGGAGGCUGCUGCAGGAUUCCCCAGUUUCGAGAAAUCUUAA